GAAGAGGUCUGACACAGUAAACAUUACGUCACGAGGGCCGAGAAGGGUAUUGAUCCACCGUCUAGCUUCCAAGCUCUGGGUAGGUAAUGUCUGUUUGAGGGUGGAUGGUGUGCCAGCAGAACACAGGGUGAUGGUGUAGCACUGGGUGACAGGCUGCCAGGGAGCGGAGUUGAGCGGAGUUGAGCGGUGAAGUGCUAGCUGAGUGGGAGCGGCAGGGCGUGGGAUGUUGCGCUGGACGACCCACCUGGACGGAGGGCCGCGGAGGGUAAACCACGCUGCUGUCUCCAUUGGACACAAGGUGUACUCCUUCGGAGGGUACUGCUCUGGAGAGGACUACGAGACGCUGAGACAGAUAGACGUACAUGUCUUCAACACAGUUUCUCUUCGGUGGAUGAAGUUGCCCCCAGUGAGGACAGGUGGUAGGGAGCAUGCCAGGGAGGUUCCCUAUAUGCGCUAUGGUCACACAGCUGUGCUGCUGGAAGAUACCAUCUACAUCUGGGGGGGUCGUAACGACACUGAGGGGGCCUGCAACGUCCUCUAUGCCUUCCACGUCAACAACCACCGGUGGUUCACCCCUAAGAUCUCUGGGACGGUUCCGGGGGCGAGAGACGGCCACUCAGCCUGCAUCCUUGGGAAGGCCAUGUACAUCUUUGGAGGAUACGAGCAGCUGGCUGACUGCUUCUCCAAUGACAUUCAUAAGCUGGACACCACCACGAUGGCCUGGUCACUAGUCAACGCAAGAGGUACUCCAGCUCGUUGGAGGGACUUCCACUCUGCCACCAUCAUUGGCACUAAGAUGUUUGUGUUUGGAGGCAGAGCAGAUCGCUUCGGUCCGUUCCACUCUAAUAAUGAGAUCUACAGCAACAAGAUCAAGGUGUUUGAUACAGAGACCAACAGCUGGCUGAACACUGCUACUACACAGCUCCUACCGGAGGGACGACGUAGCCACUCUGCCUUUUCCUACAACGGGGAGCUGUAUAUAUUUGGGGGCUAUAACGCUCGUCUGGACCGACACUUCAACGACCUCUGGAAGUUCAACCCAGAGGCGUUCUCAUGGAAGAAGGUGGAGCCACAGGGCAAAGGGCCGUGCCCCAGGAGGAGACAGUGCUGUUGCAUGGUGGGAGAUCAUAUCAUCCUGUUUGGAGGAACCAGCCCGUGUCCAGAGCAGGGGAUGGGAGAUGAGUUCAACCUCAUGGAUCAUUCAGACCUCUACAUACUAGACUUCAGUCCUAAUCUGAAGACGUUAUGCAAGCUAGCUGUUAUUAACUACAGUCUGGAGCAGCAGGGUCUACCACACGACAUCAGGUGGGAGCUGAACGCCAUGACCACCAACAGUAACAUUAGUAGACCCAUCUUCUCCUCUCACGGCUAAUCUGGGCUGGUACCCUCCACAGUACCAGAACACCAGUGCUGAACUGACCCAGAACACCAGGGCUGAACUGACCCACAGUUCCACAGCACCAGAACACCAGGACUGAUCUGACCCAGAGCUACCACAGCACCAGAACACCAGGGCUGAACUGACCCAGAGUUCCACAGCACCAGAACACCAGGGCUGAACUAACCCAGAACACCAGGGCUAAACUGACCCAGAACACUAGGGCUGAACUGACCCAGAACACCAGGGCUGAACUGACCCAGAACACCAGGGCUGAACUGACCCAGAGUUCCACAGCACCAGAACACCAGGGCUGAACUGACCCAGAGGUCCACAGCACCAGGGCUGAACUGACCCAGAGUUCCACAGCACCUGAACACCAGGGCUGAACUGACCCAAAGUUCUACAGCACCAGAACACCAGGGCUGAACUGACCCAGAGGUCCACAGCACCAGAACACCAGGGCUGAACUGACCCAGAGUUCCACAGCACCAGAACACCAGGGCUGAACUGACCCAGAGUUCCACAGCACCAGAACACAAGGGCUGAACUGACCCAGAGCUACUGGGCUGCCUCCACCAGAACCCUAUUGUCUGGGCUGACUCCACCAGAACCCUAUUGUCUGGGCUGACUCCACCAGAACCCUAUUGUCUGGGCUGACUCCACCAGAACCCUAUUGUCUGGGUUGACUCCACCAGAACCUUAUUGGCUCUCUCUUUCUCUUGGCUGUCUUUCUUUCUCUAAGUAAAAAUCAUUGAUCUCCCAGUUCACCACAUCUUCUCUAUUUUAGCCCCCUGGACACUGACAGGAGGGGGUUUCUACUGGUGCUGAAUGAUGCUUUAGUAUCUGGUCUUAUGUUGCUCUGUUACUCACAACUCAAUGUCAAUCACCUUGAUUGUUUUACCAGUGUUAUGAUGAUCAGAACAUAUUCUUCACUCAACACUGAUUGAUGUUUUUUGAAUUGCAAAGAGAAUGCUGACAUGUUUUCUCUGCUCCAUUCUCUGCUCUCCUCUCUUCUCUCUGACUGAUAAUAUCAGUCUGUGAUGAUUAUCAUGUAUUUAAAGGGGCAAUCCGGUAUUAGAAAAGCAACAAAGUGGUUUCACCGCCACUGGUUUUGUUAAACAGCUCACAUUGGGGAAAGGACAGAACUCCUGAUGAAUAACGGACAUCUCUUCUCUCUGUGGAACAACAGGACGUCACAAAGAUGUCUUCUACCUGACAGAACGCCACUAACCAACCCCCAUAGUAUGUCUUCUACCUGACAGAACGCCACUAACCAACCCCCAUAGUAUGUCUUCUACCUGACAGAACGCCACUAACCAACCCCCAUAGUAUGUCUUCUACCUGACAGAACGCCACUAACCAACCCCCAUAGUAUGUCUUCUACCUGACAGAACGCCACUAACCAACCCCCAUAGUAUGUCUUCUACCUGACAGAACGCCACUAACCAACCCCCAUAGUAUGUCUUCUACCUGACAGAACGCCACUAACCAACCCCCAUAGUUUGCUGAGACAACGCCUACCACAGCCAGCAAAGCUCCCAUAACCUAGUCAACAGUUAGCAGGUGAUGCCAGCCACUCCCAUAACCUAGUCAACAGUUAGCAGGUGAUGCCAGCCACUCCCAUAACCUAGUCAACAGUUAGCAGGUGAUGCCAGCCACUCCCAUAACCUAGUCAACAGUUAGCAGGUGAUGCCAGCCACUCUAAUAACCUAGUCAACAGUUAGCAGGUGAUGCCAGCCACUCCCAUAACCUAGUCAACAGUUAGCAGGUGAUGCCAGCCACUCCCAUAACCUAGUCAACAGUUAGCAGGUGAUGCCAGCCACUCCCAUAACCUAGUCAACAGUUAGCAGGUGAUGCCAGCCACUCCCAUAACCUAGUCAACAGUUAGCAGGUGAUGCCAGCCACUCCCAUAACCUAGUCAACAGUUAGCAGGUGAUGCCAGCCACUCUAAUAACCUAGUCAACAGUUAGCAGGUGAUGCCAGCCGCUCCCAGUUAGCAGGUGAUGCCAGCCGCUCCCAGUUAGCAGGUGAUGCCAGCCAGAUGGCUGUGUCCUGUCUGUCUUUUCUACAGUCUACCAGUUCAGUACCCUGUCUACGCUAUAACCCUUCAGAAGUGCUCACCUGGUCUGGCCUUAGUGAAUGGAACCUGCUGCUGUCUCCCUACAGGAUCACUGGAGCUUGACAUGGAGGUGUGUUUACAGGGCAGCCCGUCAGUGUCUUACCCCCUCACCACUGCAUAGGGCCAAGAGCCUCGUUAUAGGGACUACAUGGACAGAUACUCUCUCUGGUCUAUUGCACAGAGACAGCUUCAUCACAGCCACCAUUAAAAGCUGUACUGUAUGGAACCAGGAACUAACCAGGAAGUGUAUCUGUACUGUAUGGAACCAGGAAGUAACCAGGAAGUGUAUCUGUACUGUACCCACUACCCUCGCAGAACAACUGCUCUGUUACCUGUACGCCAGAUUAAAUCAACGCUGAACAAUUGAUUACAUUGAUUUAAGUUUUAGGAUUCAAUAUCCCUGUUUUACUACCAAGUGUGUGAAGGUUAGGGAUGUCAUUAAAUAACACCAAUGUGCAGGUGAGUGAUGGUGUAUUAAUGGGUACAUGGUUGAAUGAACUCUUCUACAGGACUGAAUGGUCUAGAGACUUGGGUAGGUCCGGUCUCAGACAGAGGUCCGGUCUCAGACAGAGGUCCGGUCUCAGACAGAGGUCCGGUCUCAGACAGAGGUCCGGUCUCAGACAGAGGUCCGGUCUCAGACAGAGGUCCAGAGACCUGGGGUGGUAAUCAUUAGUCCAAAACGAUUUUCUACUGCAACGGAAACGAGAGUUUCUAUUGGACAAUUUCAGGUCCUUCCCCAUUUCGUUCCAUUUGGUAAUGUUUGGUUCCUAGUGAAUACAGCCCUGGGCAUGUUGUGUUCAGGUCCCUGCCAUGCUUUCCCCUGGAGCUGGUUUAUAUUGGAUUUGUAUAAUAUGGGAGAAAGCAACGUUAUCUAUCUGCAAAGGGGUCAUCUGGGUUUCUAGUGUAAUAUGCUCGAUAACUGUAGAAAUAAUAAAAUGGAUGAGAUUUUAUUCCCACAUUUGA